AUGUCGUACACCAAUAAACGUCAUACAUACUACGGAGGGUUUACCAACGAUUUGUCUGACACAUUUCAGUACCCUCAAAGAACAGAUGAGCAAAGGCGGAAACAUGUAACGUUUGGUCCUUAUAUCCUAGGGUCGACGUUAGGAGAAGGAGAGUUCGGAAAAGUGAAGCUAGGCUGGCCAAAGAAUUUUUCAAACAGCUCUAAUUCAACUUUUGACUUCCCAAAACAAGUAGCAAUUAAACUUAUCAAACGUGAUAGCAUAUCGAAUGAUUACAGGAAAGAAGUUAAAAUAUACAGAGAAAUCAACGCCUUAAAACACUUAUCACAUCCGAAUAUCGUAAAAUUAGAAGAAGUGUUGCAAAAUUCUAGGUACAUUGGUAUUGUCCUAGAGUACGCAUGCGGGGGAGAAUUCUAUAAAUAUAUUCAAAAAAAAAGGAGGCUUAAGGAAAUGAAUGCAUGCAGGUUAUUUUCUCAGCUAAUAAGUGGAGUACAUUACAUACAUUCUAAGGGACUUGUUCACAGAGAUCUCAAAUUGGAAAAUCUAUUACUAGACAAGAAUGAGAACCUAGUUAUUACAGAUUUUGGGUUUGUCAAUGAGUUUUGCUCACGAAACGAAUUAAUGAAGACGUCAUGUGGCUCUCCAUGCUACGCAGCGCCUGAACUAGUGAUAAGCGCCGAACCAUACGAAGCUAGAAAAGCAGAUAUAUGGUCAUGUGGAGUUAUACUUUACGCUAUACUAGCUGGAUAUUUACCGUGGGAUGAUGAUCCAAAUAAUCCUGAAGGCAGCGAUAUAGGAAGACUUUAUAAUUAUAUUAACUCCACACCAUUAAAGUUCCCUGAUUAUAUUCUUCCUAUACCUCGGGACUUAUUAAGACGCAUGCUGGUCUCAGACCCAAAGAAAAGAAUAAACCUGAAACAGAUCAAGAAACAUGAAUGGCUAAAGCCUCAUUCUUCAUUCUUAUCCAUAACACCUGAUGAGUGGGACAAACUAAACAAUACUCAAUCCGUGUUCAGAUUAGCAAAACCAAGAAGAAGAUAUGGAUCUAGACCACAAUCCAGUUGUUCUACCUCAUCUCUUGGCUCAAGGAGUGAUAAAAGGGAUUCACUGGUCAUUGAUUCAACUUUAAUUACUUUCCCGGCUCCGCCUCAAGAAUCACAAAAUCAUAUUAUAACCAGACCGGCUUCUAUUGCAUCUGACCAGCGGCUGUCACCUAUAAGAAGAUCUAAUAGGCACAAUAGAAGUAACUCUGCUGCAUCCGUUGCCUUGCAGGCAGUGGUGAACGCAGAUAGGGAAUAUGUGUUAAGUCAUGAACAAUCAUUAUCCCCAGUACAAAACAUUAGACAAACUACGGGAAACAUGACUGCCAGUCUUUCACCUCCACCAGCCAUAAGUCCAGGCGAUAUUAUAAUCGAAACCACACCUAUUAAAAGAAAUACAAUUUCUGGGAGUAGUAUUGUACCAAGUUUAGAAGAAGAGUCGUCUACCACAAUGCAAACAAGCAAGAUUCAACCAAAUAACAUGGCUUCAUCACAAAAUCAUCAAUACAAUAAAAAUAAGACCCAAAAUAGUCUCCAAUCUGCUAAAAAUUUCUACCGUACGUCUUCCUCAUCCCAUACAAAGCCACGGCCAACUUCAUACCAUCCUGGCUCAUACACAACACCUCCCUACAAUUCAAAUACGCUCUCCAUAUAUGAGAUCAACGAAAAAGCUAAAAGUAGCGCUUCAUCACAAACGCUGAAUCAAAGAGACACAUCCCCAUUUGAUUCCACACCAUACCUUGCCCUAGAUACAUGCAUAACCUCAUCCUCUUCCAUCGAAAGCUCUCCAAAGUUAAUUACGCACGGCCAAUUUUCAGUAGCAAAACCCUCUGUUGAUUUGCAAAGCGUAUCUGGUGACUUGAUCAAGUAUAAGAGGGACGCUGAUGUAGUAACGAGAAUCUAUGAUGAAAAAUACAAACAGAAGCGCAAAAGUUUGAGAUAUAGCGGCAUAUUCAGUGACAUCUCAUGCGAUACGGUCACCGAAGAGUCUGAUGAAUUGAGGCCACCAGAAUCUCCUCUUCAACAACAUGAAGGACAAGAAUCAAUUGAUAAGGCGAAAACGGAGGACACAAGUGAAAAGGGUAGUAAAAGUAGCAACAUCGCGAAAGCUACAGCACAAAAACACGUCAAUAACCAUCUAGAAAGAUCACUUAACGAAGCAGAGUCAACAAAGAAAAGAUUUAGCUUUCUUUCCUUGUACUCUUAUGAUACUUCCAAAUCUAGUUUAUACUCAUCAAUGGAUUCCAAACGGAAACCUUCUCCACCUUCCCAAAGACGCCCAAAAAAGGAUGACAGUUAUCAAACAAAUUCAAAGAAUCAUUAUAUCACUGCUUCAAAUAUGCAAACAUCCCAUCAAGUCUCAAAAGACCUGCCUGCACCAACGAUGGUGCAAAAUAAAUGUACUUUAGAAACUAAAAAAGCGGUCCGAAGCAACAGGUCCUCCAUAAUGGUAUCUGAGGUCAACAAGGCAAGCGUAGACAAUAAAGCAGCCCAAAGUCCAGAACAUUCAACCGCAAAAAGAGUAUUAGGGUUUUUCAAAAGAAGAAGUAUGAAAAUCUAG